AUGAAGUCUCCCCAUUGCUUUUCGAUGUUGACGUUUCUUUUAGCUGUUCUAUUCUCAUCGUCAUUGGCAACUUCGCCACAUGAAGAUUUUCUUCAUUGUCUUCCCCUUCGUUCAAAUGACUCCUCUUCCAUUUCUAAUGUCAUCUUCACCCCUCACCAAUCUACAUUUUCAUCUAUCUUCGAGUCUACAAUCCGAAACCUUCGGUUCUCGGCAUCGAAUACGCCGAAACCUUUGUUCAUAGUGACACCAUCGACCACAUCCCAUAUUCAAGCAACGAUUUAUUGCGCCAGUAGACAUGGCCUCCAAAUUAGAACCCGGAGUGGCGGUCAUGAUUUCGAAGGCCUUUCUUAUGUAUCCCGAGUUCCAUUCAUCAUCGUAGACUUGGUAAAUUUUGGAUCGGUUGAUGUUGAUGUAGAAAAUAGAGUUGCAUUGGUUCAAUCCGGUGCUGUCCUCGGUGAACUUUAUUAUAGGAUUGCUGAGAAAAGUAGCACUCUGGCCUUCCCUGCAGGUACUUGCCACACUGUGGGUACUGGUGGAUACUUUACCGGUGGAGGUUAUGGUUUAUUGUUCCGAAAAUACGGUCUUGCCGCCGAUAACAUCAUCGAUGCUCAACUCAUUGAUGUAAAUGAAAGAAUUCUCGAUAGAAAAUCAAUGGGGGAAGAUCUGUUUUGGGCGAUUCGAGGAGGCGGCGGGGGCAGCUUCGGGAUCGUCCUUUCGUGGAAGCUACGUUUGGUUUCGGUUCCGAAAACGGUGACUGCAUUUACCAUUACCAAAACCCUCGAAGAAAAUGCAAUCAAACUUGUUCAUCGUUGGCAAUACAUUGCACAUGAGCUUCCUAACGGAAUCUACUCAUCUGUCACUCUAAACAGGGUGAACAGAACAGUAAUUGCUUCGUUUAGUUCAUUGUUUCUGGGUGACAGCAAUGGACUCGUUUCAUUAAUGCAGGAGAGGUUCCCGGAGCUUGGACUGGUUAAACAAGACUGCAGCGAAAUGAGUUGGAUCGACUCUAUUCGUUACUUCGGCCUAAUCCAGAACGAACCAUUGGAGAUCUUGCUUGAUAGGAAUUUCAAAAGCCCUCUUACAAGCCCUUACUACAAAGCCAAAUCCGACUACGUCAAGAAACCAAUCCCUGAAAUGGGAUUGAGAGGCUUAUGGUCUAUGCUUACCGACGAAGAAGCAGAGUCGGCGGUUUUCGGAUUUUACGCCUAUGGCGGGAUAAUGGAUGAGAUCCCCGAGACUGCAAAUCCAUUCCCACAUAGAGCUGGUAAUUUGUUAAAGAUCUUAUACAAUGUGGGUUGGCAAGAAGAUGACAAUGUAAACUCCGAAAGAUACAUAACAUGGAUUCGAAGAGUUUACGAUUACAUGACUUCUUUCGUUUCGAAAUCUCCACGAGAGGCGUAUAUAAAUUAUAGAGAUCUUGACAUUGGAACAAACUAUGAAAAUGGUAAUACAAGUUAUGCAGAAGCAAGCAUUUGGGGUCGAAAAUAUUUCAAAAAUAACUUCAAUAGGUUGGUGCGUGUGAAGACGAUGAUUGAUCCACAAAAUUUCUUCCGGCACGAACAAAGCAUCCCUCCUUUAUUGUCUUCAAGAAACAAAAGACAUCAUUAA